AUGAAUAGUCCACGUCCUGUGGGUCAUGGCCAAGUCAUCAGACCUUUUCGGGAACGGUCCUUCCAUCUAGCAGAUUCAUUGGUGAUCACCUUUGUCGGUUACCUGAUCCUGGUGACGGUUGACGCAGAGGUGAACCAGGGAGUGGCACAUUUCGCGUGUUCCUUGCUGGCCGCUGGAGCCUUUGUGCCGAUUAGUAUCUUCACAGAUGGCAUACAAAUCACCAAUGAGAGCCAGAGAGCGGUGACCGUUGGAUUUUUGGUGGGCUCGGCGAACUGCGCGGGCAUCCCAUCUAGCUUAUCAUUCACGGCGGAUACAGCCCCGAAAUAUCUGCCCGCAUUGAUCGUCGAUUGCGAUUCCUCCUGGUCGGGUUGGUGGUUAUUCUUGGUCUAG